AUGUCAAACAACACAGACUUCGAUCGCGACCCACCAAUUACGGACGAAAGAAUUGUUAAAGUUGGCUUUUACAUUGCUUCUUUUAUCUUCGGUUUUGGAGGUAACAGUCUGGUAAUAACAGUGAUGUCAAGGAAGAAACAGAAACGUUCGAUUCCCAGACUUUUUAUUCUUAAUCUCGCUAUUUCCGAUUUAAGUUUCAUCACGGUUUUUGUGCCAAUAAACAUCUACUCUUACAUCAGUACAAUUUACCAAAACUCGUACUUUUGUCGACUCUUAAUACCUCUUGUGACAACAAUCUAUUUCGUGAGCAUCUUCACUAUCGCUUCCAUGGCGGUGCAUCGCUGUAGGUUGAUUACUAAUCCCUAUAGACCUAAGAUGAGGAUGCGAAAUGCAUACAUUUGGAUCGCUGCCAUCUGGUUUUCUUCCUUUAUAAUAGUCCUUCCCUUAUCAGUCGUCUCUGAAAGUAACAACGGGAUCUGCUACGAGAACUGGCCGUCCAUAAAUCAUCGAAAAGCGUACACCAUUGCUCUCUGCAUUCUACAAUUUGUGAUACCUUUGUUAAUCAUUGGUGUUGCCUACGCUAGGAUCGGUAUCUAUCUCAGACGAUCAGCCGUUCCUCAAAGCUCCUUACCCGCACUUAAGAGAAGAAAAGAAAACAUCCAAGUUAUCAAAACACUAGCCAUGAUUGUGGUCCUGUUCGUGAUUUGUUUGCUGUCUGGACAAAUCGCCUGGCUUUUGCUUGAUUUUGGAGGUCAAAAGGAAUUUGAGAUCGCUAAAGUGAUCUUUAAAUUUGCAGAUAUCCUUGACAUUCUGCAUGCAUGCGUAAAUCCCAUUGUUUACGGGAUAUCAAAUAAACAUUUCCGUAGAGAGUGCAUACAACACUUUUUUGAUUGCUUUACCUGUGGCUCGAAGUAG